AUGUGGAGUAGAUUUAACGCCUACAUGGGAAUAGAAUAUACUUCUGAGCAGUCACCAAAGUACUUAUGGACGGCAAGGUGUCAACGCACGGGCAAUGCUGGUACGUCAGUGCGGGUGAAUGAAACUGCCACUCAAACACUCUGGACCAUCCAUCCCACCACCAGACGCCAAUUCCUUCUACGAACGCUAUCGACAUGCGUCAAAUCUACCGUGCGUGCUGAACCCGUCUCAGCCCCAUUGAUUCCUCGAGAUCACGACCUGAAUCACAGCGGCCGCCAAGUCGCCCCGAUCCCAACGACGUCAAGAGCCUGGCUGCAAAGAGGCGUUGCUAUGACUUUCAGCCUGAGCAUCAUCCUGGCAUGCUCGAGAGAAAGGAAGAGAAGACAUCGUAGAUGCGUGGCAUCACGGCACACGCCUGGCUCCGUGGAGCCAGUCAAUCUUGUCUCAAAGGUCAUUCGAAGCUCGGAGCUCGGUGAUGCGAUGUAA